ACAAAGCACGGGUGGCUAUCGUUCGGCCUUCCGCCGCCUAGUGUCGCUAGGUGUUGGAUCGGUGGGGAGGGAAGCUGUCACAAUCAUAACAUUGCCGAAGAACUUGCGUCAGGAAAGUGACAACUGUACACCAGUGCACCGGCAAAAUUCUUGCAAUUGCAUGCACACCCUUAUUCGCAGCUUAGUUCCACGUACUCCAUUCUUUCAUUUUUCCUCUUUUCACAAACAAAUCCAGAUAAAGUUUGUUGGCACUUCAGCAAUGAGUGGAAAACGGAUUAUUUGUCUUUUUGACGUGGACGGCACGCUUACAGCGCCCCGAAAGGUGAUAACGAAAGAAAUGGAAACAUUCCUGUUUGAAAAAGUGAAGCAAAAGUGUGAUAUCGGCUUGGUUGGAGGAUCUGACUUGAGCAAAAUUGCUGAGCAAACUGGUGGCAUGGAUAUUGUCAAAAAGUGCAAUUUUGUCUUUUCUGAAAAUGGACUUGUUGCCUACAAAAAUGGAGAGAAAAUCGGCCAAGAGUCCAUCCAAAACUAUGUCGGUGAGGAAAAGUUGCAGCGCUUCAUCAACUUCUCCUUGCGAUACAUGUCUGAAAUCGAACUGCCUGUGAAGAGAGGCACCUUCAUCGAGUUCCGCAAUGGUCUGGUCAACGUGUGUCCCGUAGGAAGAAGUUGCAGCCAAGCCGAAAGGGACCAAUUCGGCGAAUACGACGCCGUCCACAACAUAAGAAAGAAGUUUGUCGAAGCGCUUCGGACGCAGUUCCCUGACUUGGGCCUCACCUACAGCAUUGGAGGGCAAAUCAGCUUUGAUGUUUUUCCAACUGGAUGGGACAAAACCUACUGCUUAAAAUACAUUUUGCCUGAAAACUAUGAUGAAAUCCAUUUUUUCGGUGACAAAACCGACGAAGGAGGAAAUGAUCACGAAAUUUUCAACCAUGAAAAGACAGUAGGCCACAAAGUCACAUCCCCUGAUGACACAAGAAAGCAGCUUUCCGAGCUUCUGGGAAUUUUGUGAAAAAUAUUUCCCGAUUUCGCACAUAUAUUUUUCCAAUCAGUUUGAAGACUGAUUUUCUUUUGCUGUGAGUUAAAAUUAUACCCAUAUUAUUCAAAAA